AUGAACUACUCUUCUUCUCCUCCUCUCUCCGACCAACUUCACCUCCUUGAGAAAGUCGAGGUUUUUAAACUCCAUGGACGUGAUAAAGCUCGCCGGAAUGUCCUCCUUAUUGUCGGAAAAUACUUUCCAGCUCGGUUUGUGAGCAGCCAGGCUGUGAAUGUCUAUUUAAAGGACAAGAUUUUCCCCUUCCUCAAAGAUGAUGGGCCUUUCACGGUGGUGUACAUUCACACUGAUGUUCAUUGGACAGAGAAUUUCCCUGGAAUCUCAAAUCUCAAGGCAAUCUAUGAGGCUAUUCCAAUCACCAUUAAGAAAAACAUUGAAGCUGUUUAUUUUCUCCACCCCGGCUUGCAGGCCCGUAUGUUUUUCGCUACCGUCGGUCGCCUCAUGCUCGACGCCGAGUUGUACAACAAGGUGAAAUAUGUGAAAAGAGUGGAGUUUCUUUGGGAAUAUGUUAGAAGGAAAGAGAUGGAGUUACCACAGUUUGUGUAUGAUCAUGAUGAGAAAUUGGAGUUUUGUCCAGUGAUGGACUCUGAUUUAGAGAAUGAUUAUCUCAGGCUCUUCUCCCCCUCGCCAUCUGUGGAUGCUGCGGUUUCUACAUACUCCAUGAGGUGUUUUGCUUGA